UUUUAAGUAUGGUAAGUAAAAUCAUUUUACCAGUAAGCAUGUUGACUAGGCCUGACGCCUCAACUCAAAAGUUUUUCUCAGCUUAGUGUUCGUUCCGAAAAAAAACUUCGGCUCAGAUACAUUGCGUGCGCAACACGAACAUACCAAAUUGAAGGCGCUGCCCAGGGAUGUCUUCCCUGAAGACCGGAAGUCCUGUCUUUCUGAAAUCCACCCACUUGUGAGCCGACACAUAGUGGCCAGAACCUCGCCAGAAAUUGGCAUUGGAUAUCCAAUAAGAAACGAACCCACCCAAAAUAAAAAAACAUAAAAACUAUAUAGCAAUAUAAUAAAAAUGCCGCCGCAGCUGGAUUGCCAAAAUGUAAGUGCCGACGAGGAGGACAGGAAACGAUUGGAGUACAAGGAGAUGGAUCCGCUGCGGCUGACAACACUGAUCCUGAGCGCGGAUCCGCGGUACCGCAUCAAGCCAAUGCAACAGGUGGUGUCCGCACUCAUCGGCGGUCUCAUCACGACGUUUGUGGUGACGCCACUGGAGGUGGUGAAGACCCGGGUGCAGACCCAGCACGCGAUCCGCCAGCGACCGACUGUCUCCAAGCUCUGCUACGUCUUCCACAACGGCCUGAUGACCCACGUGUGCCGCUCCAGCGACAUUUGCUUCCCGAAACCAGGCCGGGACCCCCGAGACCUUCGACCCCUGCGCGGCUCCAUGGACGCCUUUGUCAAGAUUGUUUGCACCAGCGGUCUCAGCGGCCUGUGGGCAGGCCUCAGUCCCACUUUAGUUUCAGCCCUGCCCUCCACGAUCAUCUACUUUGUGACCUAUGAGUACCUCAAGAACUCCCUGUCCCAGAUCUACUUGGAUUCGCAAUUGCCCAAGCUUGAGGAAUCCGGCGCGGUGGACCAAGUGCCCGGCGGGGAUGGUGGGGAUCCCCUAGACAUGGCCACCAGGAGUCGAAAUGUAAGCGCCACAGCGCCGGUGUCCAAUGUACCGCUUCCAUAUUAUGUGCCCAUGGCCUCGGGCAUCUGCUCGCGCACCAUUGUGGUCACAGCCAUCACGCCCAUCGAGAUGGUGCGCAUCAAGAUGCAGUCGGAGUACAUGACCUACUCGGAGCUGUGGCGCGUGCUGCGCUCGCUGAUCCGCCAGCACGGGAUGAUGGGUCUGUGGCGGGGCUGGCCGCCCACCGUUAUGCGGGACGCCCCCUUCUCUGGCACCUACUGGGCGGCCUACGAGGCGAUGAAGCGGGCCUUCGGCGUGGCGGAGCCCUCUUUCCUCUUUAGCUUCUUCACGGGCGCCGUCUCCGGAGCGGUGGCCACCUUUGUGACAAUGCCCUUCGACCUGAUUACCACCCACACGCAGAUUGAGCUGGGUCAGGACGUGCUCUACGAGGAGGGAGGGCCAAGGGCACAGCCCAGUGCCAUCACCAAGCCCUCGAUGUUCUCACGGCUGCGCCACAUCCACCGGCAGCAGGGUGUGCGGGGCCUCUACGUCGGCGUUGUGCCGCGCAUGCUCCGUGUGGUGCCCGCCUGCGCCAUCAUGAUCUCCACCUUCGAGUACAGCAAGUCUUUUUUCUUUCACUACAAUCUGGAUCUCCAGGAGGCGGCUUACCGGAGCUCCCAGUGACACUACCGCAAGAAGCGUGCUCCGGCAGCUAGGAAAGAGCGAGUGCUUCUGACAUGGCCAAGAGGGAG